GUUACUUAAUGGCCCAUUAUGCUCACGAUCCACCAAACUAACCAUGUCUGAAAAUAAAAGGUUUCUUAUUAGUGGCGCCGGGCUUGUGGGCUUACUCAUUGCUCAGGCAUUCAAGGCCAGAAACAUAGAUUUUGUCAUUUUUGACAGAGACAUCGAUGUUCAUUACAGAGAAAACGCCGGUUGGGCCAUCACCUUGCACUGGGCUUUGGAAAACUUCAAAUCUUUAUUACCACCCGACUUGGUGGAACAGAUUUACGCGGCCCAGGUGUUGCCAGGCUUUCAUGAAAAAGAUACCGGUAAGUUCAUCUACAUCAAUGCCGCCUCUGGGGAUCCGGUGGUGUCCAUUCCUCCUUCAAAGCGAUUGCGGGUAAGAAGAGAGCAGAUCAGAAGAAUGCUAUUGAGUGGAAUUGACGUCCAGUGGAACUGCAAACUCGACAAUAUUGAUACCACCAAUUCUCAGGUGACGGUUACCUGCCUGGAUGGGACUGUUUUCACCGGGGAUGUGCUUAUUGGAUGUGAUGGUGCCAACUCGAUGACUAGAAGAAUCAUAUGUCCGGAAAAUGGGCAAUUGUACCAGCUCCCGGUGAGAUUCUGUGGAUCACGUGUCAAGAUGACAAAGGCAGAGACCGACCAAAUUGCCGCCGACUUUGAUCCCUUGUUAUUUCAGGGAACUGUGCCUGAAAACAACACGUUUUUCUGGUUCUCAAUGUUGGCAACACCAGAGUACACUCAGGAAGAAGAUGUCUAUUAUGCCCAAGUUAACUUGUCAUGGAAUGUCCCUGACUACGACGAGCCUUUUGUCACCAAUGUUGAUAAGACCGAAGCCAUGAAAGUGCACUCACAGGGAUUGAACCCCAAAUUGAAAUGGUUGGUUGACAGAGCGGUUGAGGACCCAGACACCAUUUUAGAAAUUAACUUAUGCGACUGGCCAGUGGUGGAAUGGCCCCACCAAACCCAGGUCUUGUUAGCUGGGGAUGCCGCCCAUGCUAUGACGAUGUUUCGGGGUGAAGCAGGCAAUCAUGGAAUUACUGACGCCUUUGAGCUUAUGAAACAUAUCGACGAGUAUUUGGCAGGUCGCAAAACCUGGGAAGUGGCUGCAAAAGACUUCUGUAGCGGGAUUAAGGCCCGGGCUGCUCCUGCUGUUUUGCUCUCCCGACAAGCAUGUCUAGAUGCCCAUAAUUUCUCGAAAAUCAGGCCUGACACAGAUCUGCCCCUUUUGAGUAUGAGAAAGAACACUAAGUAGCUCAAUAAAAUAGUAGAUUAUGAAAAAAA